GGAUCCUGACGUUCAACGGAACAGUGACUACACCCUGGAUGAAGGACAUCAUUCUGCCCUGCAAGGCGGUCGGAGAUCCACCCCCCACCAUCAAGUGGCUGAAGGGAAACAAUGGUACCCCUGCCCCUGUUCUGAUUGACGGACGCCGCAGUGUCCAUAGCAACGGUAGCUUCAUCAUCCGAACGGUGAAAGCAGAGGACUCUGGGAACUACAGCUGUGUGGCCAGCAACAACUGGGGCUCUGAUGAGAUCACGCUCAACCUGCAGGUUCAAGUUCCUCCAGACCAACCACGCCUCACAGUUACCAAGACAACCACCACGUCAAUCACUCUGUCCUGGAUACCUGGGGACAACGGAGGAAGCUCCAUCAGAGAGCCACAGUUUGCCAAAGAACACGAGCUGUUUGCCAGCAUCAAUUCCACCCGGGUCAGGCUCAAUCUAAUUGGGUGGAACAAUGGCGGCUGCCCAAUCACCUCAUUCACCCUGGAGUACCGUCCGGUGGAGACGGCAAUGUGGACCAUGGCCCAGCGCACCUCACUAACCAAGAGCUACAUCCUGUACGACCUGGCGGAAGCCACCUGGUACGAGUUGCAGAUGAAGGUGGUCAACAGCGCUGGCUUCGCCGAGAAGAAAAUCACAUUCGCCACGCUCAACGCAGAUGGAAGCACUAUCCCUCCUCUGUUGAAGACAGUGGACCCCAUCACAGACAACAUGUCAGGCAACGAGGGGCUGAAGAUGAUGGUGACCAUCACCUGUAUCCUGGUGGCUGCUGUCAUGGUCUUCAUCCUCCUGAUGGUGCUGAAGAGGAGGAGGAGGGAGCAGAGGCUCAAGAGGCUACGCGAUGCAAAAAGCCUGGCAGAAAUGCUGAUGAGUAAAAACACACGGACACCAGACACAUCGAACAAACAGCAAGCCAUGAGAAUGCACAUCGACAUCCCCCGAGCCCAGCUGCUCAUCGAAGAGAGAGAUACUAUGGAGACUAUCGACGACAGGUCGACGGUGCUGCUGACUGAUAAUGACUUUGGGGAGACGUCCAAACAGAAGUCGUCCACUGUCACGCACACAGUCCACUACCAGUCCCUGUCGCAGGCCACCGGCCCACUGGUGGACGUCUCCGAUGCCCGGCCUGGAACCAACCCCACAGCACGCCGCACUGCCAAAGCAGGCCCUGCAGCCAGCAGGAACCGAUACGCCAGCCAGUGGACCCUGAACCCCCCCCAACCACCCACCUCCUCCCACACCCUGAGCACAGACUGGAGACUGCCCACACCGCGCGCCGCCGGCUCUGUGGACAAGGAGAGCGAUAGCUACAGCGUCAGCCCAUCGCAGGACACAGACCGUGCGCGGAGCAGCAUGGUGUCGACAGAGAGCGCGUCGUCCACGUACGAGGAGCUGGCCCGGGCCUAUGAGCACGCCAAGAUGGAGGAGCACCUGCGGCACGCCAAGUUCACCAUCACAGAAUGCUUCAUCUCCGACACCUCCUCAGAGCAAAUGACUGCCGGCACCAAUGACUACACAGACAGCCUGACGUCCAGCACGCCGUCCGAGUCAGGCAUCUGCAGGUUCACCGCCUCCCCGCCCAAGCCUCAGGACGUCAGCCGGGUUAUGAACAUGGCAGCACCCAAGGCCCACAGACCGGGAGGAGAGCUGGUGCACCUGCCCCCGUACCUACGAAUGGACUUCCUGUUAAACCGUGGCUCUACGUCGGGAGGCCGGGGGUCCAAUGGUGGUAACGGAGGAAGAGAAGGAGGAGGAGGGGAGACAGGGGCGUUGGGUCAGGCGUGUUUGGAGCCCCAGAAGAGCCGCACKCUGAAACGGCCCCCGCUCCUGGAACCCACACCCAUGGAGGUGCCCACGUCCAGGGAGGUGCAGCAGUGGCAGCCAGGGACUGCCUCCACCCUGCCCCAGCGUGAGCCCACUGGCCGUGAGGCCACCGGAGACCUGGCCCAGGCCCAGGCUGCCAAGCUCAGCAGCUCACAGGAGUCCCUGCUAGACUCCAGAGGACACCUAAAACAGAGCAACAACCCCUACGCAAAGUCCUACACGCUGGUAUAACACAAGGAGUUACGUUACACACUCCAGGACUUAGACUGUAAACUGUACUGCAGCUCUACACAGAGAUCUGGCACGGAACAAUGAUGAUGAUGGACACUUUUCAACAACAACUAAUAUAUAUUUCUGACUCCAAGUGGAUGCGUUACUUUGAUUCUUUCUGUAUUUCUUUCUCUUGCUUUCUUUCGUUCUUCUCUCUUCUCUAUUCCUUUCUUUUGUUCUUGCUCCCUUCUUUCUUCUUCUUGCUCUCUGAUUUCUCAGUUUUAUUUUCUAUUUGAGUAUUCUUUUAUUCUAAACUCCAUAUGAAAAUUGCCAAAAUAAUGUAUUUCAAUUUGACAGAGAAAAAUACUAUUGAAUUUAUAUCAAUGAUAAUUAUAGUCAUUAUUAUUAUUAUAUAUAAAAAUAAAAAUAAAUCUAAAAACAAGAAGAAGAAGAGGAGGAGGACUCUGGAGCACUCUGCAGGAGGAUAUUGCUUUCUUCAUUUAUUUAUUUUGUUUGUCGCAGUGUGAUCAAAUCGAUGAUUGGAUAGCUGGUGGUUUUUCAAUAAUGAGAGGAGCCAAGGAAAAUAACUGCAUUAAAGCUGAACCUGUCUGUCCAUGCCUUCGACUCAAUCUACUCAGAUAGAUUGUUACUACAUUCUUCAACCUUUCCAAUGACUGCAUGGGGACUGAUCUAUGACAAUUACAGGAAUGGCUGGAAAAUCCAAAAGAGAAUUUUGUCACACUAUGAAAAUUAUACAAUGUGAAUAUAUAUAAAAGAGAUCACUUUUAUUUGUGGAUAUUACAGGGAAAAUGAUUUGGUUAAUAAAGUCCUUAGUCAUGUUUGCA